CCUCUAUUACCAGUUGCAGAACAUGGAGGGUGCAUGGAAUGGCACAGAAAUGCCUCCUGGCUUCUAUCUGCAAGGCUUCUCUGAAUUUCCUCGCCUACAGCCUUUCCUCUUUGUGCUUCUGUUAAUCAUACACCUGGCCACCCUGAGUGGAAACCUGAUCAUCCUCGUGUCUGUGGCCUCAGUGGCCACUCGCCCCCCAAUGCUGCUCUUCCUGUGCCAGCUGUCAGCUAUCGAGCUCUGCUACACACUGGUAGUCGUGCCCCGCUGCCUGGCCGACCUGGCCAGGGCCCAGGAAAGGGGCAGCCCCAUCUCCUUUGUGGGCUGUGCAGUGCAAAUGCAGAUGUUUGUGGCCCUUGGAGGAGCCGAGUGCUUCCUGCUGGCAGCCAUGGCCUAUGACCGCUAUGUGGCCAUCUGCCACCCUCUACGUUACCCUGUCUUGAUGACUUCAGGACUCUGUGGGAAGCUGGCUAUAAGCUGCUGUCUGGGGGGACUGGUGGUCUCCCUGUUUCUCACAGCAGCUAUCUUCCGGAUGCCUUUUUGUGGCUCUCACCUGUUGAUUCACUUCUUCUGUGAUGUCACUGCCCUUCUGCACCUUGCCUGUACCAGGAGCUACGUGGAGGAACUCCCCUUCCUUGGGGCGUGCAUUAUCUUAUUAUUGGUGCCCUCUUUCCUGAUCCUGACUUCCUACGGUGCCAUCGUAGGUGCCCUGCGCCGUCUGCAUUCAUCUGGGGGCCGCAGGAAGGCGGCAUCCACGUGCAUCUCCCACCUGGCAGUUACCCUGCUGCACUAUGGCUGUGCUACCUUCAUGUAUGCCCGGCCCAAGACCAGCUAUGCCCCGAAGCGGGAUCGGACACUUGCACUUGUCUAUACUAAUGUGACACCUCUCCUCUACCCACUCAUCUACAGUUUCCGCAAUCGAGAAGUCACCACAGCCAUACACAAGGUACUGAGUUUGAAAGGAGAUGGCCACUCCUUGGUGACUGGGUGACCUAUGUCCUCCCAAUCUAAGGAGAAGCAAUGGAUCCUGGAGUGGGGGAGAUGAAGACAUUGUCCCUCUUCCAGUCUUGCUCUCUCAUUUAGGCAACAGCACCUAGUGUUCAGGACUGGGAAAGGAAUGGACUCAAUUCUCCCUUCCCAGAAAAUUUACUGCUGAAUGAUGGAGAAAACCCAGUCCCUAAGAUUUCUCCUUACAUUAAAGAAAUAGCACACACACACACACACACAAGAAAUACUUAAAAGUCUAAAAUGUGCAAAUGACUUA